AUGUUGUUUUACACAUUAUUGGAUGCCAGUUACACCAGGGCUUUGCUUGUUUUAGAUUUGGAAGGUACAUUAUACUAUGCAUCGUUGGGCAACGAUGAAAGGAAAUUGAUUUUCCAAAUGAAAACAGAUUUUACUCGAUACAAUAAAAAGAAAAAUUAUGGUAAUGUCCAACUCAAAAAGAAUAUUGAUAAUGGUAAAAUGUUGACUACCAUUGAGUUGUACAGAUCACUAGUUGAAAAUCCUGGUUCGAGUGAUAUUUCAAAGAUAAAAUUUAAAAUGAUCAAUGGGACUGAAUUGCAGUAUAAAGUUUGGGACUACUUGUUGCAAAAAACAGAACCACUGAAAACUACCACUUACGGGAAUAUUGCAAAAUAUCUACAGAUGAGCACUUUUCUGAGUAGGGCGGUAGGAAAUGCCUGUGGAGCAAAUAGAAUAGCUCUAGUGGUGCCUUGUCACCGUGUUUUGGGACAUACAGGUGAAAUUACUGGGUAUAAAUGGGGCAUAGGUAUCAAAGAGGAGAUAUUGAAAAGGGAAAAGCAAAGCACAUUAAGUAAGAAGUAG